GCUUAGGAAUUCGAAGAAUAGAGUUUUUUCAACGAAGUUUGGAGACUUGAUAUCUUAAGACUGAUUGAAUUUCUCAGUUGAUUGGAAUUUCAGCUAAUCUGUCACCCUUUGACUGAUAUUUUGAUUAAUUCACAUACUCACUCUCCGGCCACGAUAUCGUGGGUGGCGAUAAGGAUUUGUGUGUGAAAAGUGUCUUAUCGAAUUUUCGCAGUGAGAGAGAGAGCUUUGCCAGCGAUUCUCACCUGAACCGAUCGACAGUGUGAAUUGUGACUCGGUGCCGAAAUUCAAAAGUUGCGCUCAUGUGAAAGAGGGAGGCGAAUCCGCCAAGAAAAGAAGGAUUUCUCCCACAAUUCUAUAUCAACUGGUGGAAGGAAAAGUGAGAACGUUGUUCAGAAGUUGCAGGACAAAGGCAAAAGAUAGAAAAUGUAUUCGUCCUUCAAGUACCUUCGCCCAGUAGUGAUUUUUGCAGGAGUGAUUGGAAUGCUGCAAGCGCUACUGUGGAUAGCCUUUGCCAUCGUCGGACUGACCGCCUAUUAUUGCCACAUGAGCUUCGAGAAUGUCUGGCCGAGCAUGGGAUCCCUCUUAGAGCUCACAUUCUUCCACGUCUACUUCCGCGGACCCUGCGACCUGCCCCACUUUCCCGCCAUAGACUUCGGCGUGGUGGAUGGCUUGCCGCUCCUGGAGCCCAUCGAUGUCCACGCCAUGGCCUGGACAUACCUCAUCAUCUCCUUCUUCUGGCUCAUCAGUUCCCUCACGAUCAUCAUAACGUGCAAAGAGGAAUACAUAAGAUAUGCCAACAUCUUUCUCUACAUUUGGAUUUUCCUCACCUUGGCCAUCUCGAUUGUGGACAUGGCUUUGGGAAUCCUCUUUGGACUCGAUUACGGAACCAUUAUGGACCAUGCUUAUACAAUUGACUUCGUGGGAGCAACGAUCAAUCAUGCGAUCCUUCUGGCUGCUCAGGCUUCGGCGGGCGUCUUGAUGGGAGUGGCAUUCCGCGGAUUCCUCUUGUGGCUCAUUAAUGUCUUCCUAGCUCUCUAUCUCUUCACGCACACUUUCAAGAUUUCCGAUCACAAUCGCAUGAAGGCCGGAGUUGAUAACGUGACUUUCGCUUCCGAACCGCAUUCUCUCAAUAAGCACGAGAAACCGAUCGACGCGUAUGGAUUUAGCAACGCGCGUCCAGCGAGCGUCUGGCAAACUCCGAGCUCCUUCAAUCCUGAUCGUCACGCAGCUCCUGACGAUCGUGAUUAUCGACGCGGCGUCUCUACGUAUGAACUUCAUCCGGUGCAGCAACCGCCGCCGCCUGUUGUCCGUCGCCGUGACGAUGACGUGAUUCUCCGCCGCGAUGCCGCGCAGAGUGUGGCUCGAGAGAUCAAUCAUCGCAACAGCUUCAGGAACGAACCCGGAGUCCCAGCUCCAGACUACAGUCCACCAAUGCCCAGGGGGAACCCUUACGAGAAUCGCCCGGCGCUCAAGUCCGCCCUCAGAGCGUCGAGAUAUCAGUAAAUGUAGACAGACAUCAUUUCAUUGAAUAGAGAAA